AUGUCCCUGAACGUCGUGAAAAGGGAAGAGGAGGAGCUCUACGACAUGCUCAACUUGUCGCCCCCUCAUUUCGACUCCUCCUUGAAUAUCGCUUCCCCGACCUCUGUACUUUCCAAAGACAUGUUCGGCACCGGUAACGGCUCUACAAAUGCUAACAUGUUGGCUGACUCUCCAGUCAUGGUUACUAACGCCAAUCCUCAUCAGUCAAAAUAUAAUCAGCAAGACUCCUUCGUGCAGAAUAUUAACAUAAACUUGUCACAGGAUAAUGGCGUCACCAGCUCCCUACAUCCUAGCCCUUCCGGUCUUGAUAUUCCCCCUUCCCUAAACGUCAACUUGAGCUCGGCACAAGCUGCCCUGGACUUACUCUCUCCGAAUAACGUACCUCAGUCGUCGUACCUAAAUCCUCGGAGUCCGGAUACUUACUCCUCCCAUUCUUUAUAUUCAGAGUAUUCCCUGAACCCAGGUUCUCCUUACCAAGACGCCAUGUCCCACUUUAGCGACGCCUAUUCUGAUAUGAAGCCUCAAAAUCUUGCCAACUCUGGCUAUCUAGACCCAGCUGCAAACGGAAAUGGCCAUGGAAAUGGAAACUCCUUCGAUUCAGAGAUUUUUUUGGGUGAGUCCAUCUCCUCCACAAACUUGUACAACAUGUCCAUGCAACCAUCGAUACCCCAGCUGUCUCACCAUCUACAGCAGCUUCAGCAGUCAAUCAACCAGCCGGUUAACAAUCCACAGUACAUGCCGGUUCCUCAAAUUAACUGCAAUGAUACCUCCUACGAAAACCAAUAUGAUAGACUCACAGAAAACAAUCUCAUGAACUACAACGAGAACAUUCGUCCUGGUGCUGGACCACAGCAAGGAUAUGAACAAAGGGAAGUGAAGAUUUCCAUCCACCAGGCUCCUGAUGUUGUCGCAGCCAAGACACCUUCGUUAUUCAGUAACUCGUCCCACAACUCCUCAGCUCAGAAUUCACCCGCCCAAAAUGCCUCCACUGGCAAUAGUCUAAAGCCAAAUCUGCAUGGCAAUCUUUCCAGCCCAUCAUACACGAGUCCUCAAGCGACGCCGACGAGUCCAAUGUCGGAGAAUGACCCCAACGGUCUUUUGAAGCCCGAGGAAUUCCAAAAUGUCAAGCGUGGGCGUCAGAAGGCUCAUUCUAUCAAGACUCAUUCCAGGCUGCGGUCUCCAAAUAACUCGGGCUAUUCAAGUGAAGAGAUUGAUGAUGAUGAGUCUGCCGAUACCGGAGAGAAUGCAGUGUCCUCUCGUGAGAAGAUGUUAGAGCUUGCCCUGACCACCCAAUCUGCAAGAAGAACACAGAAACACCCUUCGCUUUACGCGUGUCAUUUAUGUGACAAGAGAUUUACAAGACCGUACAAUUUAAAGUCUCAUUUAAGAACGCAUACUGAUGAGCGACCAUUCACUUGCAGUGUUUGUGGUAAGGCUUUUGCCAGACAACAUGACAGGAAACGUCACGAAGACCUCCAUUCCGGUGAGAAAAAGUUCCAGUGCAAAGGUUUAUUAAAGGAUGGAACUCCAUACGGAUGUGGUAGAAAAUUUGCUAGAGCUGAUGCGCUUAGGAGACACUUCCAAACAGAAUCAGGUAAAGAGUGUAUUAGGUCACUUGUCGAAGAAGAUGAAAAGGAAAGACAGGCAGGUAAUGGUAACGCCCUGGGAAUCCAACUACCGAGCGGUGACUUUCUCAGCCCGGCUAGUUUGGCCCAUCAGUACCAGAAUGUCCCACAAGUUGCCAUAUCUCCUCCAGAUUGA